CAGAUUUGAGAUUGAUGAUAAAAAUGGUUGUCUCCAGUAUAAAAUUGAACACUGGUAGAAGUAUACCUGGAGUUGGGUUUGGAACUGGAACCUCAUUCUUUAACAGAGGAGAUGCUGUAGCUGAUGUCGUCAAACAUGCUUACCAGGCAGGGUUUAGAUCAUUUGAUUGUGCCAGAAUAUAUGGAACUGAGGAAGGCCUAGGUCGAGGAAUUGCAGAGUUAGGAGUGGACAGAAGUGAACUUUAUGUGACGACAAAAACUCCAGAUUGGGCCUGGUCCAAGGAAACUAUUGUAGCUGAAGUUGAGGGCUGUUUGAAAAGAUUGAAACUUGAUUAUUUGGACUUAGUUCUACACCAUAGCCCAGCUCCUAGGAUUGGUGCUAAGUUUAUGGCUACCUAUUUGACUCCUGAAGAGAUUAAGAACCUCCCUGAUCCACUAGAUGAAGCUGUCAUGGACACCUGUAGACUUCAGAUGUGGCUGGGCCUCCAGCUGUGUGUGGAGAAGGGUUUGGUCAGAGAUAUUGGUGUUUCCAAUUUUACUGUAAACCAUCUGAAGAAAUUAUUAAAGAAUCCUGAAGUCACCAUAACACCUGCUGUUAAUCAGGUUGAGUUCAAUCCCUACAUUGUAGACUCUCCUAUACAAGAAUAUUGUAAACAAACUGGGAUUCUCCUUCAAGCAUAUGCCCCUCUAGGGAAUGGUAAAGAUAUGCUGCUAUCAGAUCCUGUUCUAGAGAGAAUAGGAGGAGUUCAUAACAAAACUGCUGCUCAGGUUGCCCUUAGAUGGUCCCUUGAGCUAGGGCAUUGUAUUGUGACUAAAACUGAGAAGUUUGAUAGAAUGAAAGAGAAUCUUGAUUUAUUCAACUUCACCCUGUCAAGAGAGGAGAUUGAUCAGAUCACAGCUUUAAACAAGAACAAGAGAAACUUUCCUGAUCCUUCACAGUUCCCGUAAAUUUUUAGCAUUGUUUGUUCUUGUUGUAAACAUAAUACAAUAGUACAGUAAGAACCAGAAAACUCUGAAAUAGGAAUACAUCUUUAAAGCAAUA